CACACGUGGUUUCUACAUUAGCUCGCUGCUGGAGGCAACAAUGCAGGAGUCCCCACUCAUAGGGUUCUCUGACGGCCCCAUUGAGAAGAAGAAAGGCACGUUUUAUUACACUAAUAAAAUCGGAGGCACACCGGACCCGAUUCCUGGUAUAUCCCAUGCAUAUAACCAAUGCGCUGUAUGUGAUGGGAUCCUCGGUCAUGUUGUGCAGAUCUACUGCCCCCUUGCGGCAUCUCCGUAUCACCGCACCAUUCAUGUGUUUGCCUGCCCUAAUCCACAGUGUAGUGGCAAGCCAGAAAGCUGGAAGGCUUUGCGUUCCCAGUUUUUGGAAUCAGAGAUGAAACAACCUUUAGCGCUCCAGGAUAUGAAUGGUUUACAAGUAAAACAAGCUGCAAUGUCAACAACGGACUGGUGCGAUGAAGCUGAUGACUGGGGGAUGGAGGCUGAGGACAAUGAACCUGAGAGCAGGUCACAGGCUCACACAGAAACAGCCCAGCCAGUGAUGGACAGCCUUACAGCUGGACUGGAUGUCAGCAAUAGGCUUCAAGGCCUUUGUUUAAAUUGGCCAGGGGACCAUGGAGGUGCUGUACCCCCCACUGCUGUGCCCACCUUUCAACCAUUUUACAUCAGUGUUGUGGAGGAGGCAGACCUCGUGGGCCAUGACGACCUGCAACAUGCCAAUAAACUGUUGAGGGAAUAUGAGGAGAGAGAGGGAGUGGCUGUUGGGGAGAUUGGAACUUGUGAAGGUGAAAGGGCCGAGAAGUAUGAGAAAGCAGAAGCCAAACAUGGAGAUGCAGUCUUCUCAAGUUUCAUGAAAAGAAUCUCUCUCUGUCCAGAACAAGUUCUUCGAUACAGUUGGAGUGGGUCACCGUUAUUUAUAGCUGAACCUCCUUCAAACAUAAAUCAGAUGGUGCCAACCUGUGCACAGUGUGGCAGUCCGAGAGUUUUUGAAUUUCAGCUGAUGCCCACGCUCGUCAGCUUGCUCCGCAGUAAAGACUUAAGUUCAGAGCUUGUAUUGGAGUUUGGAACAGUUCUAGUCUACACUUGCAGAGACAGCUGCUGGACAUCUGGAUCAAAUGCUCCUGUCAAAGAAUUCCUCUUUGUGCAAGCUGACCCAGAUCAAAAGCUGUUUAAGUGACAGUAAUAACUGAUAGACAAUAAAGAGCAAAUCAAAUGCA